AUGGGAGCCAACACUUCAAGCAAACCUCCAGUGUUUGACGAAAAUGCAGAUGUCAACUUCGACCACUUUGAAAUUUUGCGAGCCAUCGGCAAAGGCAGUUUUGGGAAGGUUUGCAUUGUUCAGAAGAAUGAUACCAAGAAAAUGUAUGCCAUGAAGUACAUGAACAAGCAGAAAUGCGUGGAGCGAAAUGAAGUGAGAAAUGUCUUUAAGGAACUACAGAUCAUGCAGGGGCUAGAGCAUCCUUUCCUAGUUAAUCUGUGGUACUCCUUCCAGGAUGAGGAGGACAUGUUCAUGGUGGUAGACCUCCUGCUGGGUGGGGACCUUCGUUAUCACCUGCAGCAGAAUGUGCGUUUCCAGGAAGACACUGUGAAGCUCUUCAUUUGUGAGCUGACUCUGGCCCUGGACUACCUGCAGGAUCAGCGCAUCAUUCACAGGGAUAUGAAGCCUGAUAAUAUUUUGCUUGAUGAACAUGGACAUGCACACAUCACUGACUUCAACAUUGCUGCCAUGUUGUCCAAUGAGAUGCCGAUCACCACCAUGGCUGGCACCAAGCCUUACAUGGCCCCUGAGAUGUUCAAUUCCAGAAGAGAGGCAGGCUAUUCAUUUGCUGUUGACUGGUGGUCUCUGGGAGUGACUGCAUAUGAGCUGCUGAGAGGCCGGAGACCAUAUCACAUCCGCUCCAGUACUUCCAGCAAGGAAAUUGCGUACAUGUUUGAGACAGCUAUUGUGGCUUAUCCUUCAUCCUGGUCACCAGACAUGGUUGCGCUUCUUAAAAAACUACUUGAACCUAAUCCAGACCAACGGUUUUCUCACUUAUCUGAUGUUCAGAAUUUUCCAUACAUGAAUGACAUGAACUGGGAUGCAGUUUUGCAGAAGAGGCUUGUUCCAGGCUUUAUUCCUAAUAAAGGCAGACUAAAUUGUGACCCCACCUUUGAACUUGAAGAAAUGAUUUUGGAGUCCAAACCCCUUCACAAGAAAAAGAAACGCCUGGCAAAGAAGGAGAAGGAGAUGAGGAAAUGUGAUUCCUCUCAGAUGUGCCUUCUGCAACAACAUCUGAAAUCCAUCCAGAAAGAGUUCAUCAUUUUCAACAGAGAAAAAGCGAAAAAAGACUUAAAUAAAACACCAGCAGAUCAAACCUUGGAACAAACCAAAGACCCACAAGGUGAGGACCCACCAAGACACAAUAACAACCUGUGAUGGGCAGGACACCCUCUGCAUCUUCCUGAACAUUCCUGACCCCAGGCCAGCACCUUUCAUCCUCAACAUCCUAGAGGGAAGAUCGCCCUUUUUGUGCUACCACUCCUCAGGCACCUUGGAAAACUCCUCGAGCACCAUCAGUAGGAGCUGGCAUGGCACAGAGAGAUAGGGUCUCUAGUCUCCUGGGUGAGAACUGGUAACUCUGUGACUUUGAGUAGGUCACUUAACCAGAUAUUUUCUCUGCUUCAGUUUCUUCAUCUAAAUGAGAGGGCUAUCCUAAAUGACUGCUACUUUGCUUUUUGAUGACCACAUUUCUGUUAAUAUAAGCAGGAUUUAUUUUUAUUUCAAAAGGAAAA